AACCGUCACGUCAAGUGGCCUCACCGUGACUCAUUUUCACAUCAUCAUCCAUUUGGGGCAAAGGUCGUGUUCGUUGAACACCAGCAGAGGGCGCCUUUUGUCUUGUUUUCUUACUUUUUGCAACUUUACGAUUAGUAGCCUAGUCCAUUUGUUUUACUUCGAUGCAAUGAAAACAACCUAAUGUUUACAUAUGGGAUACCAUAGCAUUUUUAAACAAAUUAUAGCAUUAUAGCAUAAAACAAGAAAACUUUGCUUCAGUGCCCUUAAACUUUAAGGACGCUGCAGAAAAAAGAAAACAAACACGAACAGAUAUAGGGACGGGUUUCACAAGAAUAAUCAGCUUGAUAUCACACAAUCGCUGAUCAUUCUUACAACAUGUUCUUGUGAUUAGCCUACUUUUACUAUAAAUAGCAAAUUAUGAGCUUCAGUUCAACAACCUCAAUACUGCUCAUUCAGUGCAGCAACCUCAAUACUGCUUAAUGCCACUUUUACAGACGCUAUGAUGGUAACAAAAUACUGAGACAAUUCGAACCGCAUACGGUGAAUUAUUCUACGGGACAAUAAAAGCAGUCUUUCAGACACGUGCCACUGUGGACGUGCGCGCAGCUGUUUCUGAAAGAAGAAGGGAUAAAAAGUAAUCGCAAGAUCUCUGAGGCGCUGGAAGCCCGAACGAAUAGUGGCCAUCCUCCCCCCAACCUCACAGCGCGAGCGGCAGGUGGAACACGGCAGCUAUUGUGACUCGAACCCGAGUAUCCUGGGCGUAAAUCGCCACACGCCAAAGUCUGGCAAUUAUACGGGCCCCUUUACAAAUGCAAAACAGCGGCGCGUGCUCUGCGCAACCUGUUACCCCAUUUCUGCAGACAAACUCACACAAACUAACAGGAGGGGGGUUAUUAAGCAAAACCUUGAAAUACCGACAGCUAAAACAACAACUCAGGAACUUGGAUUAAAAUGAAGUAUUUGCAGUAAAAUCAAUGAGUGCAACAGUAAAUGUUGCGCUUUGCAACGUUUUCGUGUGUAGUCUGUAUUUUAUAACAGGUUGGUCGUUAGCCAAGCCUUAGAAGUUUAAAUAAACAGCAAAGUUCCAAGGGAGAACAGGGUUAAAGCCAAGUCAUCGCAGGUGCAAAAUGAUUGGGAAUUGCGCCCGCGUACCGUACAUUUGAAGUUUUUUUUGUGCUGUUGGUAAAUCUCUUUGAUGCAAUUACUAAAGGCAAGCCAGGGUCUGCCCGGUAACCACGAUGACAAAGAGAACGCUCAAGGUUCCGCCCCCACGUGGGGUGCUGACACGCGCCGCUGUAAUUACUACGGGUGAUAUUUGCAUUCGUUUGUGUCCUGAGCCAAUCGGCUGAGGCAAGCGCGGAACACCCAGCCCACUGCCGAGAAACACAGCUCGAGGACUAUAAAAGCCAUGACAGCCGCAUAGAGCCCCACAAGCGAACUGAACUGUAGAAAGAACGAACGGGACUGUAGAGAAACCGAACAGCGCAUCUCGUUUCCAACAAUAACUGGAUAUUAAUUAUGACUCUGGAAGAGCUGCGUGGACAGGAGAGCACAACCGAAGCCAGUGACAGAAUGCAGUGUGCUGGCGGUGCCCUCGAGGAGCUUUUGGUCUCUGCAAAGAAGCAGGACUGCCUGACAGUUGGCGUCUACGAAUCUGCGAAAGUCAUGAAUGUUGAUCCCGACAGCGUGGCUUUCUGCGUGCUGGCCACGGACGAGGAGUACGAGUGCGACAUCGCCCUGCAAAUCCACUUCACGCUGAUCCAGGCAUUUUGCUUCGACAACGACAUCAACGUGGUCCGGGUUAACGACAUCGAGCGCCUGGCCGACAUCCUGGGCAGUGAGGAGUCCGGGGAACCGAAGGAUGCUCACUGCAUACUAGUCACGAGCUCAGAAGAUGACUCGUGGAAAGGUUCCGCUCUGGAGAAACUGAGCGUGUUCUGCGAGGAGAGCCGCAGCGUGUACGAGUGGGUGCCCGCCAUCACUCUCCCCGAGCGCUGAGCGUGUGCGCCUCAGGCGAUGAAGAUGAUGAAGAUGAUGAUGAUUACAAUGAUGAAAAAAAGAUGGCGAUGGUGAAGAAGAACCGCUCUCGAGUGUGACGCCAUCCCACCGGGACAGGUGGAUGACCCUUCGGCAAACCGUCCGGGAAAUCUUUGGGGGGGAUUAUCCCACUGGAGGGAUCGGAUGAAACGCUGAUUGGCCCGUUACGUUCUGGAAGUGAUGCUGGGACUUGGUGCGGUAGAAGUCCAUGGAGGAGGAGGGGGGGGGCCCGUGAGGGAUGGCUCGUGCUAACCCAUCCCCCAAAAGACUGACCUGGGGGGCUGGCUGGGGUGUAAAAGUGGGGUCCCCCUUGGUGACUACUGAGAAAAGUGACUCUCGGACUAUUGAAACAACUGGAUUGUGGAUGUUUGAGUUUUUGGGGGUGAAACUUUUUAAUUGCCAAGGAGAAACGAAAGAAGAUGAAUCUUAUGAAGAGUGAGUAACAAUGUGGGGGGGGGGGUGGGCGGGGGGGAGGAAAGAAACAAGCUGACUGUGAAAGGCAAAGACUAUGAACUUUGAUGCAGCUGUGCAAAUGUUUGUGCAGGGGAAGGCUUUUUUGUACGUGAUUUCAAAUACUUUUUUUUUUUUUUUUUUUAUACACGUGGAGCAGACCGAAGUGUCGGAUGAACUCUGUGACAGUGAGCUGCUCUGUAGCCGCAGCACGUGGGCUCUGCAGAUCUUUGAUUCACUGCCUGUUGCUCAUACUCCUGCCUCACACACACACACACACACACACGCACACGCAGACUUAUGCAAGCUUCCAUGUGUCACUUGUGUUCGGCCUGUAUUGAAACUGUGCACUGACCUCAUCAUGUGCUUUGCAAUAAAUAUUUGAAACGUUA